UGACACGUAAUGUGCGUCACGCCGACGACGCGCGAAGGGCACAGAUCUAAGGGUCGGGAGGACGUUCGGCCUCUGUGAGCCGCAGCCUUUUCGAGUGAGUGGUUGUGUGUUCGCCAUCUUAGGAAAAAGAUGUUCUCGUCCGUGGCGCAUCUGGCGCGGGCGAACCCAUUCAACGCGCCCCACCUGCAGCUGGUACACGAUGGCCUCACGGGCCCCCGCAGCAGCCCCGCGGGGCCCCCGGGCCCGCCCCGCCGUUCCCGCAGUCUGGCAGCAGCCUCUGUGGAAGAGUACAGUUGCGAAUAUGGCUCCAUGAAGUUUUAUGCACUGUGUGGCUUUGGUGGGGUCUUAAGUUGUGGUCUGACACACACUGCUGUCGUUCCUCUGGAUUUAGUGAAAUGCCGCAUGCAGGUGGACCCCCAGAAGUACAAGGGCAUAUUUAAUGGAUUCUCAGUUACACUUAAAGAGGAUGGUGUUCGUGGUUUGGCUAAAGGAUGGGCUCCGACUUUCAUUGGCUACUCUAUGCAGGGGCUCUGCAAGUUUGGCUUUUAUGAAGUUUUCAAAGUCUUGUAUAGCAACAUGCUUGGGGAGGAGAAUGCCUAUCUCUGGCGCACAUCACUGUAUUUGGCUGCUUCUGCCAGUGCUGAAUUCUUUGCUGACAUUGCCCUGGCUCCUAUGGAAGCUGCUAAGGUUCGAAUUCAAACCCAACCAGGUUAUGCCAACACUUUGAGGGAUGCAGCUCCCAAAAUGUAUAAGGAAGAAGGCUUAAAAGCAUUCUACAAGGGAGUUGCCCCUCUCUGGAUGAGACAGAUACCCUACACCAUGAUGAAAUUUGCCUGCUUUGAACGUACUGUUGAAGCAUUGUACAAGUUUGUGGUUCCUAAGCCCCGAAGUGAAUGUUCAAAGGCAGAGCAACUGGUUGUAACAUUUGUGGCAGGUUACAUAGCUGGAGUCUUCUGUGCAAUUGUUUCUCACCCUGCUGAUUCCGUGGUAUCUGUGUUGAAUAAGGAGAAAGGUAGUAGUGCUUCUCAAGUUCUUCAGAGACUUGGAUUUAAAGGUGUAUGGAAGGGACUCUUUGCCCGUAUCAUCAUGAUUGGCACUCUGACUGCACUACAGUGGUUCAUCUAUGACUCUGUGAAGGUCUACUUCAGGCUCCCUCGCCCUCCUCCACCUGAAAUGCCAGAGUCUCUGAAGAAGAAGCUUGGGUUAACUCAGUAGAAUGAUCAAAGCAAAUGUGGACUGAAUCUGCUUGUUGAUCAGUGUUGAGGAAAGUGCAAGAGGAACUUUUAUAUAUUUGACAGUGUAGGAAAUUGUCUAUUCCUGGUAUAAUUACUGUAGUCUCUUGCCUAAGGCAAGGGUUUCAAACCCACUGUUGAAAUAAACCCAACUGUUCAUGAUUUGUCUGUGAUUUGGUGGUUAUUUUUAAAAACAGUUUUUAAAGAUGUAACCCUAAAAUGGAAGGAAUUAAGUGUAAGUUAAAACCUCAAGGAAAAAAUGCAAACUAAUCACUGUUGGUUCAUUACUUGAUCCCCACUCAUAAAUUGUCAUUUUUCAAGUUUUGUCACACAAGAGUUCCUAUGCUCCUAAAAAUAAAGGAAAUAUGCCUG